GGCGAUGAUAGGUACCCGGGUACCUAUAGAUGCAGCCAUUAUUAAAAGUCCCGGUGUGUAUAAGAACUUUUAGCAAAACAAACCGAGGUUGGUCAUUUCACGGUUGGGUUAGUUAACUUUUUCGUAAACAGACCUAACGGUACACUUAAUUCAUUGGAAACAAUUAUCGUAAUUUAAAUCUUAGACUCCAGCUUCAAUGGAUCUUGGGCUUGCUUUUGACGACGACGAUCUGCAAAAUUUUAAAAAAAAGAUCGAUGACAUCUCCGCUCUUCCCUAUCAUGUUAAAAUAGUACAACCAGAGGUAGGACAUGCUCAAAAAAACUAAACUAAAUAAAUAUACUAAAUUAACAGUCUUUCUUUGUAGAUAGAGUCUAGGCCAGCGUUUCAAAUUUUUUAAGUUUGGCGGACCGGCUGGCAUAUUUAUUAUACCGGGUAAUUAUGUCUUUUAGACUUCAGAGUAUUGGCGGCAUUGGUCAUUGGUCCGCAUAUCACCAUUUUGGGGAACACUGGUCUAGAUCUCAUCUAAGACUCUAAGAAAGAUGAUACAAACUAAAGAGACUAACAAACUGAAGAGUCUAACUAAGCAAUAAUUUGAUAAUCUACAUCAGAGGCAUUACUACCAGGAUUGGUGUCACCUGGUGUGGUCAUCUUAUGGCUUAUGGUGUCACCUCCCUCUCUGCCUCUCUCUCAGGGCUUCCCCCUCUCUAACCUGCACUGAGUAAUUCUUAACUAGAUCAUACAGAACCGUCUGGAUUAUUGUUUGUAAAUUAAGUCCUAAAUCCACAAAAGACAAGGUGAAAACAUAGAAUUUGAGCUAACAUCGUUUAAAAAAAUGCAAUUACUUGUUAUUGAAACAUUAAACUUUAUAAAAAGAUACAAACAUGUCAAAGUCAAUCACUUUAACUUUAUCAAAACAACAUUCUGUACCAUAUCACUUUCAAAUGACAAAAUCACAAGACCAGAAAGCCUGCACUGUAGAUUGCAAAUAAUUCUGAAUAAGUUUGAGCUUUGAAACUAAAUCACCUUCAGUGCCUUCAGGCACCAGAAAAUUCUAGAUUCACUUUCACCUCAUAUUGUAAAAAUCCUUAAAGUUUAAGGUUACACAAUUUUAUUUGCUUUUUACUUACACUGUUUGAUUAUUUAAAUAAUAGUCAGAGGUAUUGAUAUUGUUUAAGUAUUUACAAAUAUUUCCAUAUGUCUAUGUCAUAUGUUUUAAGAGUACAUCACAAAAACGAUAAAACUUAUACUAUCUUACAUUUCUUACAAUUUAUGUUCCCCAUCUUGUUUACAUUAUUCCCUAUUAGCAAAAUAUUAGCUUAAGUGUCCAUUCACACAAAAAUGAUUAAUGUAUUUUAAUGACAUAUCUUAAUCACAUAUAAUAAUUCUCUAGGUAUGUACAAAUGUAUGGCUGCAAUGCUGUGUUCAAUAGAAACACCAAAUAAAAUUCCCAAAAGUUAGAACUAAUUGGGAUUCUAUUAAGUGUGUUACUUGAAUGGAUAUUUUGUCAAGUAACUUUAGUUGAUUGCUACCGCCAUUGUUUGGCAGGUCAUUUCUAGUUAAUAAGAAGUAUAAUUAUAUGUGGAAGUUUUAAACUUGAUUAAAUUUUUAAUAACAGCUGAGCUGGGAAUGGCCUGAAUGAGAAUGCUGCUCUUAGCAGAUUGUAGAUAUUGCUUUUGUAAUUUCUGUUUAGAAUAUACAUUAUUAUAACACUUUUAUAUUGCUACUACUUCUGCAUUAUAAAACCUUUGCUGAACAUUCCAGUGGUUUGAGUCAGCAUUUGAUGUACAAGGCCUUCAUGGCUGGACUGAGAUAGAGACGGAGCAGGUUCCCCAUGCAUAUAAAAUGAGUGGAGAUUUUCAUUAUUAUAAACAGAACUACAGAAAAGCUUCUGAACAGUAUCAAAAUGCUUUAGGUAAGUCGUAUAAAGUAGAGGCGUAGCCCGGUGGGGGCAGGGGGGGACAGAUGUCCCCGGGCGCCAGCUAGUUAGGGGCGCCAAAAUGUGCUUUGAUAUUAUUUUAUUGAUGAAAAUAAUGGGUUUGAGAGUUGAAAAAAAGAAAAAGGGGCGCUAAAAAUGGAUCUUGUCCCCGGGCGCGAAUCUUGUCCCCGGGCGCCAAACACCCUCGCUACGCCACUGGUAUAAAGUUUAACUAUGAAAGUACACUCAGAAUUAUAAUUAUGGUUUGCUUUUUUAACCCAAAAAUUUUCUGAAAAUUAAGAAAUCAGUAUGUCAGUGUGAUUUUUUUUUUUAACUUUAAAUUUUAGUUAUAUUUAAUAACCGAUUUUUAACCAGUUUUCUUCAUUUACCUUAUUUCAUACUUAUUUUCUCCAAUAAGAUUUACUACCAGAAAACAAUGUGUCAGUCCGACAAGAUUUAAUUGAGUCUCUUUCAAGAUGUUACAUGUAUAUUGGGCAAACAGAGGAAAGUUUGCAUCUAGCUAGAAAUUUGGUAAUUUAAUGUUAAUUAUUCUUAUUUUAAUUCUUUUCUUGAAAAAUAUUUCAAUAAUAUAAAAUCAAGAUUUACCAAUUAAAUUUCCCUAAGUGUUUAUUAUUGUUGUUUUUUUAUAUAACAGUAUUCAACUAUGAUCACUAAGUAAUGAUAAGUAAUAGCUUACUAUUAGAGGGUCGGCCUGUGAUAAAGCUGAAGUUGAUAAAAGUAGAUAGUAUUGUGUAUGUAUUAUGAUUUGUUCAUUUUUAAAAUUAUAUGGUACAUAUUCUUAAGGUUCAUGACUUAUCUAAAGAAGAUGAGGCACAUCAAAGACAGUCAUUAAUUCUACUUAGUUCUGUGUGUGCAAAGGCAGGAUUAUGGGCAGGUACAACAAGUGUCCUAGUAUUAUUUUUGACUAAACAGUCUGUAGUCUCACUAUAGAAUAAAAUAAAUCUGCAAAUGUUAUUUUCAAUAAAAUACUAAUACUAUAUUACAGAAAAAUUAAAUAUUGAAACAAAUGAACUGUUUUUACUUUUACUAUAAGUUUUUAAAAUUUAAGUUAUAAGUUAUAUUAUUUUCUAAUUUUAAAUGAUAAAUAUAAUCUAAUUGUUAAAUAUCAUGGAAACAUGUCAUUUCCCAAAUCAGCAUCCAUUUGCCAUCGUUCAUCAUAGCUAGAGAGAUCAAUAAAGUCAUGAAAUUAUCAAGUUACAUUACCUCUAACAAAUGAUUCCACCAGAAUUUGUGAAUUGUCUAGAAAAAUUAUGCUGCCUACAGCCAUAUUAUGCACAAUUUUGGAGCCAACUUGGUGAUGCUUAUGCAAAUCUGCUCAAUGAAAUCCAGAUGAGACACGAUGAUGCAGAUGAUCCUACACCUCUAGACUGCCAAAUCAGACAACUUACCUGUUACACCAGAGCAAAGUCAGUCCAUUUUAAAUUUCACAUUGUUAAAAUAAAAUAUGUGUAUAGGAACAUGUUUUUACUUAAAUUUAAAUCGUUCAAGAAUUCAAAUUUAGGAGUGCCUAUUCUAUUUGUGGUCAAUAUGCUUGAAAUAAAUAUAGCUUUAUGAUAACAACCAUUAUUAAUUUCAGACUUCUGCAUAAAUCAGUCAAUGGAACAGCUAGCAGCUUAGUUAGGCUUAGGAACAUGAAUUUGAUAAGAGAGGUACAGAAGCUUACAUUUUAUUACAAACUAUUGUAUUAAAGAUGGAACAAGUUUCAUUUAAGUGUCUGGACUCUGCUUCAUUGUUAGCAAUUACAGUGGAACCUCUCAUAAAGAGCUUAAUUCGUUCCAGAAUCUUACUCGUUAAGCGAAACACUCGUUUAAAAAAACAAUUUUUCCAAUACAAAUCAAUGUAAAAUACGAUAAUGCGUUCCAUGCUGAAAAAAUACUAAUUUUUCAAAAAAAUCUAUUAACAUUUAUUCAAAUAAAAUUACUUAUGCAUUGUUAAGGAGUGUAACACUUGGAAUACCAUUUAGAUUUGAAACAAAAAACGUAAAUAAAAAUAUGAAUUUAUGACAAAUAAUCCUUUUUAACCAGAAAACUGUCUAAAGACAUUUUUCUUUGCUGACGCUUCAAAAUUUGACGAAAAUGUGUCACAGCAUUAUCAUUGAAUAAAUUUGUAGCACGAAUAGCCACCUCCUUAUUAGGAUGAUGCUUCUCAAUGUUCCAUGCAACAGUUUCCCAUGCUUUCAGCAUUUCUCUUAUUGUGCUAGAAGAUUGUUGCUCUGCUACUUCCUCCUCCAUUAAUGAGCUCUCAUACAUAAUUUCCUGCUGUGAAACACGAUGCAACUCCAUAAGCUCUUCGGUGGUCAACUCUUGACUGUUCUCUUUCACAAGCUCUUCAAUAUCGUUGUCCACCUCGGGUCCCAUGAUAUUGGCCAAUGACACAAUCUUGUUAACUUUAGACUCCACAGUUACUGUUUCAAAAUCACAUUCAACAACACCCUCUGGCCAAAGUUUUUUCCAAGCAGAAGUGAGGGUCCUCUUGGUAACUCCUUCCCGAGUCCUGGCUCACAAAUGAAUGUCAGGAAAAAGGGACUUCCCCUUUCUGCGUAACGCUUUAUGCGAAAUGUCGCUCGUUAAGGGAGCAACUUCUUCACAUUUUUUUUGCUCGUUAUUCGAAUUACUCGUUAUGAGAGGUUCCACUGUAUUUCACUCUCUGAUAUUUAACAUUCUUUUGAAAUUCUUCAUUAAAAGUAUAAGUAUAUCCUUUUAAAAGAUAUGAAUGAACCUAAUUCAAUAGCUUUAUGUCUUGCUAUUUUAAAGUGUCUGCUCUUCUCUCAUUUGAUUAUAAUAUAAAUCCAGGCAGCAUACUGAUUUUUACAAGAUUUUUUAAAAGCAAUAUUUAAAUGUUGCUCUAAUCAUCUGUGUACACAUAUUUUUUUUUCAGUUAGAAAAGAAAAUUGCAUGUGCCCCAUUUCCUGAGAGAGAAAAGACCCUUGCUGUUGAGGUUAUACAUAUUCUUUUUGGUUUAUUAAAAAUAACUGAAGCCUUUAACAAUGUAAUUGAGAAAUUAGUAUAAAAAUUACUUUUAAAUAAAUAAAAUAAAAAAUAAAAAGAUUUAUUUCAUUUCAGUUUAUACAACAGGAGUUUGAAAAUCAAGCUACAAACAUCAAAGUAAGUAUUGAUUUUUAAUAUUUUUUUCGCCAGAAACACAGCUUAAUUAAGAAAAAAGUAUGUGCAAAAUUAUAUUCGCAAUCAAAAGUUUUCGUUAAAAUAUUUCUCUUAAAUGUCUUCAUUGUAAUAUUCUAACAACAUGUCUCUUGAUACAUUGAUAAUCAUAUCUCUCACAUUUUUCGCUCUGCAUACACAGCUAUCCGUCAGAUCAGCUCCAUCCGCCACUACCUCACAGUUAAUGCAACAAAAACCCUAGUCUGUGCUCUUGUUCUCUCUCGUCUUGACUAUUGCAACUCUCUUCUGUCAGGUUCACCAAAACACUUACUAGAAAAAUUACAAAAUGUUCAAAACUCAGCUGCUAGGCUAGUUCUAAAGGCAAAUAAAAACAAGAUCAUGUCACACCACUACUUUAUUCACUUCAUUGGCUCCCUGUACCAGCACGGAUUGACUACAAACUCUCUUCUCUGCCACAACUUUUUCUUGAAUUCCUGCCCUUCUUUCUGUCUAUUCACCCCUUCGACAGCUUCGCUCCUCCGCAGACUCGCACAAAAACAUACGGUGAAGAUCUUUCCCUUUCUGUGCCCCUAAAAAAUGGAAUUCUCUUCAAUUACACACCUGCAAUAUACUGACCAUCACAGCCUUCAAAACUGCACUCAAAACACAUCUUUUUAAACUCUACUUACUACUAUCAACUCUACUAUCCUGACUGAUUCCCCCCCCUGGCCAAAAAACGAUGCUGCUGGGUGUCGUCCAUGGCUUAUCAUGUAAAUAGUUUUGGUAUACAUUUAUUUUGUUUUAUUUAAUUAAUGUGCGUUAAUUUUUUAAGUUCAUGAUUAUGUUUGUCAAAUUGUAUGUACAGCGUGGUACCACCACGCUAUAUAAAACCACUUAUAAUAAUAAAAAUAUGAUAUCAAGUUAACCUUGGGGACCCAACAGAUUUGAUCUGAUCACAGAAGAGUGCCCAACGUACUCUAUUGUGAUCAAAUUCAGUUUUUGCCUAGAAUAAACUUAAUAAUCUUUGAACUAUCAAAUACAUACAGUUUUCUGAAAUAUGAGAUAUAAAAUCUGUGUAUUAUUACCCAUACUUUUCUUUGUGUAUUCCUUCUUCCAGGAGUCCAACAGUGAAGUACUUGAAAUAUGCAUACCGGUACAUGAAAGUACUGAUGAUGAAUCUAAAUUAAGCCAGUCACAAUUGUUUUAUCAACGAUUUUGUACUUGGUUUACAAAAGAUAAAGUAGGAUAAAUGAUCUGGAACAUGUAAUUGGUUCUAAUAUCCUUUUAAAAAUUUACUUAAAUCAUUCAAAUAUUGAAACUAGUCAAAUAAAGUGUUUAUAAAAAG